UCAAAAAAUUGUAGUCUACUCUCACACAGCAACCAUUGACAGUAAAUCAACGGAUCUAGCUCCACCGCCAUGGCAUUUUCGUCCCGCCGUGGCGCCGGCGGCUGGGCACAAUCGCUCCUCCCGACCACCAAAUCCGCCGCCAAGCAGCCUCGGAAGCCACGGAAGCGCACCACCGCCGCCUUCCGCGACUUCCUAAUCUCCAACUUCUUCAGAAUCGGACUCUGCUUCACCUUCAUAUUCUUCCUCUUCAUCCUCUUCCGCUUCGCCGCCGUUCCGAAACCUCUGCAGUUCCGUUCGUCCACGUCACGAGCUCGCUCCACCCGGCCUCGGAAACCUCUUGUCCAUAAGUCUCCGAACCACACUAUUCUGGCAGCCGCCGUGGAUGUUACUACUAAAGAGCUGUAUGAUAAGAUCCAGUUCAAGGAUGAGGACGGCGGGCCGUGGAAGCAGGGGUGGCGCGUGAAUUACAAAGGAAAUGAGUGGGAUGAGGAGAAAUUGAAGGUGUUUGUGGUGCCGCAUUCGCAUAAUGAUCCUGGAUGGAAGCUUACCGUCGACGAGUAUUAUGAUCGGCAGUCCAGACAUAUCCUUGACACCAUUGUUGAAACUCUUUCCAAGGAUAAUCGACGGAAGUUUAUAUGGGAAGAGAUGUCUUAUUUAGAGAAAUGGUGGCGGGAUGCUUCGGAUGUGAAAAAAGAAUCGUUCAUCAACUUAGUGCAGAGUGGACAGCUGGAAAUUGUUGGAGGUGGAUGGGUGAUGAACGAUGAGGCUAAUUCGCAUUAUUUUGCCAUCAUUGAACAGAUUACAGAAGGAAACAUGUGGUUGAAUGAAACCGUUGGAGUUAUUCCCAAGAAUUCUUGGUCAAUCGAUCCAUUUGGCUAUUCAUCCACCAUGGCUUAUCUUCUCCGUCGAAUGGGUUUUGAGAACAUGCUAAUACAGAGAACACAUUAUGAGUUGAAGAAGGAAUUGGCAUUGCACAAGAAAUUGGAGUAUGUAUGGAGGCAGAGCUGGGACACUGAGGAGUCAACCGAUAUCUUUGUUCACAUGAUGCCCUUCUACUCUUACGAUAUUCCACAUACUUGUGGGCCCGAGCCUGCUAUUUGUUGCCAGUUUGACUUUGCUCGAAUGCGUGGAUUUGUGUACGAGCGUUGCCCAUGGGGAGAACAUCCUGUAGAGACUGACCAGGAAAAUGUGAAAGAGAGGGCACUUAAAUUAUUGGAUCAGUAUCGGAAAAAGUCAACGCUUUAUCGAACAAACACGCUUCUUAUUCCACUUGGUGAUGAUUUCCGCUACAUCAGCAUCGAUGAAGCAGAAGCUCAGUUUAGGAAUUAUCAGUUGUUAUUUGAUUAUAUCAAUUCUGAUCCUAGCUUGAACACUGAAGCCAAGUUCGGUACUUUGGACGACUAUUUCCAUACCCUACGUGACGAGGCUGAGAGAAUAAAUUAUUCACAUACCGGCGAAGUUGGCUCCAGUGAGAUUGGAGGCUUCCCUUCUUUAUCGGGUGAUUUCUUUACUUACGCCGAUAGAAAUCAAGAUUAUUGGAGCGGCUACUAUGUCUCGAGGCCUUUCUUUAAAGCGGUUGACCGUGUGUUGGAGCAAACACUUCGUGGUGCAGAAAUGAUGAUGACUUUUCUGUUAGGGUACUGCCAGAAAGCACAAUGUGAGAAGUUCCCUAUUAGCUUCUCUUACAAGUUAACCUCUGCCAGACGGAACUUAGCUUUGUUCCAGCACCAUGAUGGUGUGACGGGUACAGCUAAAGAUCACGUGGUUGAAGACUAUGGGACACGUAUGCAUAUGGCUUUACUGGACCUGCAAGUUUUCAUGUCCAAGGCUAUUGAAGUUCUGCUCGGAAUUCGCCACGAAAAAAACGAUCAUCAUCCAGCGAAUUUUGAACCGGCACAAACAAGAUCCAGAUACGAUGUUCAACCCAUGCAUAGAGCAAUUAGUGCCCGUGAAGGCACUCUACAGACCGUGGUCAUUUUCAACCCGUUGGAGCAAACAAGAAACGAGGUGGUGAUGGUGGUUGUUGAAAGGCCGGAUGUUACUGUACUGGACUCGAACUGGACGUGUGUCAAGAGCCAGAUAUCUCCCGAACUUAAACAUGAUAAGAACAAAAUAUUCACUGGAAAGCAUCGUCUUUAUUGGAAAUCCUCUGUUCCAGCUAUGGGAUUGCAGACUUAUUACGUUGCUAAUGGAUUCGUCGGAUGUGAGAAGGCCAAACCAGCAACUCUCAGACUUUUCAGUCCUUCGAAGCAGCUUUCGUGCCCCACCCAUUAUUCUUGCUCGAGUCUAGAAAGUGACACAGUUGAAAUCAGCAAUCAAGAUCAAACACUUACCUUCAAUGUAGGUCAUGGCCUGUUGCAGAAAAUAAGCCGUAAAGAUGGAGAUGUGAACAUUGUAGGUGAGGAAAUUAGUAUGUAUUCCAGCACUGAAAGUGGGGCCUACCUCUUCAAACCUAACGGUGAUGCUGUGCCUAUAACACAAGUUGGUGGAGAAAUGGUGGUUUCGGAGGGCAAUUUGGUGAAAGAAGUUUACUCUUACCCAAAAACAUCAUGGGAGAAAUCUCCCAUCUCCCAUAGCACCCGUAUAUAUAACAGUGAAAGCACCAUACAAGAAUUUGUAAUUGAGAAAGAGUACCACGUUGAGCUUCUUGGCCACAACUUCAACGACAAAGAAAUGAUAGUUAGAUACAAGACAGAUAUUAAUAGCAAGAGAAUCUUCUACUCCGAUCUGAACGGCUUCCAAAUGAGCCGUAGAGAAACUUACGACAAGAUCCCAUUACAGGGGAAUUAUUACCCAAUGCCCUCCCUUGCAUUCAUGCAAGACCCGAACGGGGACCGCUUCUCUGUUCACACUAGGCAGUCAUUGGGUGUGGCGAGCCUAAAAAACGGAUGGUUGGAAAUCAUGCUGGACCGUCGAUUAGUGAGAGACGAUGGUCGUGGCUUGGGGCAAGGGGUGAUGGACAACCGUCCGAUGAAUGUGGUUUUCCACAUCAUAGUCGAAUCGAACAUUUCGUCAUCUUCUGCAAAUCCCGGUUCAGAUUCUCACCCUCUCAGCCCAUCCCUUCUCUCUCAUCUGAUUGGUUCUCACUUGAACUAUCCAUUACACAUGUUCAUUGCUAAAACCCCCGAGUCAAUAUCCGUACAGCCGCCACCUAGAUCUUUUGCCCCUCUGGCGGCUUCGCUGCCAUGUGAUUUGCAUGUUGUGAGCUUCAAGGUCCCUAGGCCUCUGAAGUACUCUCAGCAGCCGAAUGGAGAGCCGAAAUUCGCACUCGUUUUACAGAGGAGGCAUUUUGAUUCGUCGUAUUGUAGAAAAGGGAGGUCGCAGUGUUUGACUAUGGCUGAUGAGCCUGUCAAUCUUUUCGACAUGUUUAAAGGGCUUGCUGUUUUGAGUGCAAAAGCUACGUCGAUAAAUCUUUUACAUGAAGAUACAGAUAUACUCGGAUAUAGUGAGCAGUUUGGUGCUGGUGCUUUGGAGGGGCAUAUCAUUAUAUCUCCCAUGGAAAUACAGGCUUACAAAUUGCAAUUACAGCCUCAUGAAUAACUCUGAGAGAGAUGAUCUUUUUCUUUUUUUUUUUUUUUUUUAAUAUAUGUUGGCAUGUGUAAAGUUCUAAUUAAGUUGAAGAUUUUAAUGCACAAGCUCCAGAAAAUUUUGUAGAAAUAGCUUAUUUUACCAUUAGUGUGUGGGAUAUAUUUUCUGCUUCUAA